GUCUUCUUCCGGUCCCACACGUGUUCUUAAUUAGUCCCGUCCCUUAACCACCUGGGUCCUCGGAGUCGAGUUGUGUCCCCGAGUGGCGCUUGAACGUGUGUUGUCUCCAAAACGGCCUCGUUAUUGGCUUGUUUUACGCCCAUACAGAUGCGCCAUCAAACUUAAUGACAACCUGAAGUCAUUCAGGUCCAUGGGGAUCGAACCGAAGGCGAGUGGACGACUUCAUGGUGAAAGAGAUUUUUCCUCAGUUCGUAGGAGGUCAAGGGUCAGACCUAUGACACCAUGGAGGUGUCACCACUGGCCUGGGAACGCCUUGCUGUCCUUCCAGUGUGGAGACCGGGAAGUCUGGGCUUCCCUGAGACGUCUGGGAUGCAUGGAACAGUUGAUGACUUCACCCCAGUUCAGCCUCAUUCAGGAAGUGAUGUCAUCGGGGUGACUCCUCGGGAGAGUGAACAAACAUUCCAGAAAUUCAAGUGCAGAGAAUGAGACAAAUGGACGCCCCACCUCCAUUUCUGUCCUUUGCGGUGAUCAUUCCACUGAUGACAAGAACCCUUUGGCUUGAAGACUUCCAUCAGAGAUCCUGGAUAAGAUCCUGUCCUACCUGGAUCCCGGCACACUUGUCUGCAUUGGUCACGUCAGUAAGACCUUCUAUCAACUUGCCAAUGAUGAAGCUCUGUGGAGGAAUAUAUACAAAAGGCUGUUGAAGAAUAAGUCUAUCAGCAUGGGCGGGAAGAUGCCGGAGCCUACCACGCUGGAGGCUCAGGCUCAGGCUCGGCCAGAUGGCUGCUGCUGGAAGUUGCGUUACUUCAAGACUCGAGACGCGUGGGCCAGGAGGAAGUGGAAGACACACCUCGCCGUCAUCAGCCCUCACACGGGGUUGCCGAGUCGCACGGUUCAGAUGCUGCGAAGCAUUACCUGGGAGCUAACGGUCACCGACAAAUCCAGGAACGAAGCCGCAUACGAUCUCAGCUGGUUCCAGUUCUUUGAGACCUCCGUGGUGCUGUGCUGGAACGGAAACCUCUGCCAAGACUACCGUCACAUUUCUACCCUUCAUCUCCACGGCGUCAGGAGAGUCGCCCUGGACUGCCCUGGUCUAAAGGCACCCGGCUGGAGGUCCCUCAUGGAGGUGAUCGACAUGGAGGCUGUCACCAAAAGCAUGCCAGACUACGGCCAGGACGGUGUGAUUGAAUUGAAGCUACUAAAGCCUCACGUUGUCAUGGGGAUUUGGAAGGACCAGCGUAGCGUCGCCUUUGUCAUAUUCACCCUCCACUUCCAUCGUCUGCUGGAGAGGAGCUCCCAGGGGUCCUCUGUUGGCACCUACGUGGAGCCAGCGACCAGAGCCCCAUUUGAUGACAUUGACCCUGAUUAUGGUCUCCAUGGUUACCAGCUUCACAUAGUCCUCCACAGCAGUCGAUGCGAGCUCAUGUCGGGAAGUUUCUCCCAGCUAUUUUGCCGGCGAGAUCAGAUCCGCCACGGUCUUGUCAAGCUCACCGCUGUUGAUGAGACCUCCUUUUCUCAGCACACGUCUCUGUCGGGCGAUGUCACGCUGCCCUGGAGGUGUGAGGCCCUGCAGGGUGAAGUCAAGGGCCGCUGUUUCAUGACGCUCACGCUUCUUGACGAGUUCAACCAACCCUUUUGGUGCGUCAGCUCUGCGGUCUCCAUGAAGCACCAGGAGACGCCGUGUUCGCUUUUCUACGCCGCCGAGCAGUUCCUCAUCCGCUACCAGGACUCCGACGGUCAAGUCGCGAUGAACAUUACUUUUGUAGCGGUAGAGGCGAGAAACGGCCACCAGGGGGCAGUGAAGCGCCUUGUUAUGAGCAACCACUUUGAAGAGCUUCAAGCAGAUUUGAUUUAGUGUUUCACUCUGAUCUCAUCAAUCGUUUAUUUAUUUAAAAAAAAAAGCUUUUUUGAGCUUUUUUUGUGGAUUUUAUUUGCUGUGUUUGCCUGGUUGCAAUACAAUAACAGUCUUUGUUAUCCGUAAAGCUUCCAAUGUCAAAGCAGCUUCAUCACGGCGACCAUAUCCUCACAUGUGGCCCUCCCACUGUCGUUACAUCAACCUUGUGAAAUGGAAGGCGUACUGCGUCUCAUCAGAUCAUUUUAGCUAACAUGUAGAGGACAGCAUUCAUCAACGUCACGUCGUUUUUGCCGGUGGUGCAUUAUUAUUUUUUUUUUUCUUUCGACGGGCGCCGUAUAGCCGCUCUACCCUGCGUGACCUUUGACACCUCAGCAGUGCCUGCUAUGCUCGGUCAGGGGUCUUACAGGGAACAUGCGUGAAAGACGUUAUUUUCUAUUACAUGCAAUGUCCUUGUUAGCUUUGACUUUGUAAAGCCAGCAAAUCUUACGGGACCGUUUUCAGCUUUUGUUCGUCGUAGCUGGACCGGUGCGAGUCUUCCCUGAAAGCGAUAAGGGACUAAAUGUGCUGUUUGUUAAACCUAAAGAAAUCCAUUUGCAGAAGCCGCCUGUUUAGUUUGCUCACAGAGAAAGAAAGAAGUGCUUUCAUAGAGCUCUGUAAAGUCAAGUGUUUGGAGAGAGCGCCGCCGUGUUUAAUGCCGCUAUUGAUUUUUUACGCAGCUCUUUAAGUUUGCUACAGCGGCUGCUGUCGUUUACAUUUACACCGUAAACAACCACACCAACACUCGUAUCCAUUUGGGAGAUAGAGACAAAGAUAAACACAUUCUGGCCCAACUUUGGAAACACUUUUUUCAAGAUGGUGUCUGCAUUGCAUCCCUUCAGUUCACUGGGGUGUGUGUGACAGGAAGAAAAGCUCUGACUCAUUUUAAAGCUCUAAUAACACUUUAGAAUAAGGGACACAAAAUUAGAGUAGUAGUUAAUGAGUAGUUAUCAAACCUACCCAACCCUACCCACUACUAAGUAGUUCCUCAUUAGUUCUUUAUUAGUUCCUCAGUAACGAGUCUAAGUUCCACAGUAACUACUGUACUCAGUAGUCUUCAUUAGUUCCUCAGUAACUACUCUAAAUAUAUGUGCAUUAGUUUUCUCGGUAACUACUGUACUCAUUAGUCUUCAUUAGUGCCUCAGUAAGUACUCUAAAUGUAUGUGCUUUAGUUCCUCAGUGACUACUGUACUCAUUAGUUCCUCCUUAAUUCCUCAGUAACUACUCUAAAUGUAUGUGCAUUAGUUCCUCAGUAACUACUGUACUCGUUAGUCUUCAUUCGUGCCUCAGUAACUACUCUAAAUGUAUGUGCUUUAGUUCCUCAGUGAAUACUGUACUCAUUAGUUCCUCCUUAAUUCCUGAGUAACUACUCUAAAUGCAUGUGCCUUAGUCAUUACUGCCUCAUUAGUUCGACAGCAACUACUCUAAAUGCAUGCCGAGUUUCCUUAGUAACCACUCGGUAGUUCAUCAGUAACUACUCUAAAUGCAUAUACCUUAGUUCCUCAGUAACCACUCUAAAUGUAUUUGCCUUAGUCAUUGUUUUAUCAUUAGUUUCUCAGUAACUACUCUAAAUCGAUGUGCCAUAGUCAACAUUCUGUAAUCAGUUCCUUGGUAACCACUCUAAAUAUGCACCUCAUUUCCCUAGCAACUACUCAGUAGUUCAUCAGCAACUACUCUAAAUGGGCACCUCAUUUCCUGAGUAACUAUUUGGUAGUUCAUCAGUAACAACUCUAAAUGUAUGUGCCUGAGUUCCCCAGUAGCAUUGUAUUCACAAGUUCAUCAGUUCCCCAGUAACUACUCUAAAUGUACAUACCUUAGUCAUUAUUUUCAAUCGAUGUACCAUAGUCGUUAUUUCAAAAUGAGUUCUUUGUAACUACUUUAAAUGUGCACCUAAUUUCCUUAGCCACUACUCUAAAUGUAUGUGCCUUAGUUCCUCAGUAACCACUCUAAAUGCAUAUGCCUUAGUUCCUCAGUAACUACUUAGUGGUUCUUCAGUAACCACUCAAAAUGUAUGUGCCUUAGUUCCUCAGUACAGUACUACUGCACUUAUCAGCUCUUCAUUACUCCCUCAGUAACUACUCUAAAUUGCUAGUCAUGUGUUUUUUUUACUGUGGAUGCAUGCGUAUAGCAUGCGUAUAGAAAAUAUUUCCAUAUCAAGGAUGAUAAACAUAAGCCAGGCUUCCUGUCUUUAACUUAAAUGUUAAAUGCAUCAUUUUCCUGAGCGCUUUAAUAGACAAGUUAUUAUUUGGAGGGAAAGCAAAUAAAUCUCCAAGCGAGCGUUCCGAAGCACAAACACGUACGUCCUACCAAAAAAAGAUGUCAGCCAUAUGCAAAUGAUGUCAUCUCGCUCGUUGUCUAAAACAUGAAUUGGGUGCUCCGUCCUUGACCAACGUGAUCCGUCGUCGUAAAUCCCGUGUUGGCGUGUGACAUCACUCCUUGCUCCCUCUCACGACUCCCAACUGCAGACCCCGUCGUUACGUAGGAAGCACCGUGACCGAGUUUGUUGUUUUAUUUUUCCGCCAUCAUCUCCUUGUGUCCGUCCUUUACGUCUUGUCGCCCUUGUUUGCGGCGUGCACUCAGCAAAAUGUCAGCACGGACCUUUUGUGUACACACGGGCAGUCUGAAACCAAUUUCAGAUGUGUCAGUGGAAGUGAUGCCCGCUCGCCUCUUGUGACAGUCGGAGUGGAGCGCCAUCAUUCCCAAAUCACCUUUUCCUCACCGAGUGGAGCCCUUUGUAGCAUUAGCAUUAUAUUCUUAUUAUGAUAUUAUGGUUAUGAUGGCACUAACAUUGCAAAUACCCCCAAAUGAUACAGUCGGCAUGUUUCAAUAUCACUGGGAUGACCGUAUCCCACCUGCAGUGGAAUAUUCUCCCAACAUGAAAGAAUAAAGUUAGAAGAGCAAAAAGCUUUCGCUCCUUUUAAUGUAUGCAGGCCCUCUGUUCUGUAGCAUUAAAAGCCAACCCUCAGUGCCCAUCACCGACGCGUCGAGUGGAAGAUUUCUCUAACAGAAUGUUCCCGCAGAGCGCGGAUGGGAUGGCGGGGGAGCUGCGGUCUUAACGACAGAAAGCGUUCCACCCCACAGGAGCUCGUUCAGCGUAUUCCUGCAUAAUUACCUCAAAGUGAUUAAAGAAAUCAAUGGCGUGCAGUCGCUCCCGGGGGCACUUAGCAAAGCCUCGGAUAGUCACAGUGUACCAACCUGUCCGGGCCCCCUUCAGGAAGAUUUAGUCGACACUUCAUAGCUAGCUUACUUGGAAAAAUACUAAAAAUUAGCAAGAGGCGCUUCAUAGACAAAUUUAAUCUACAGUUAUUUACAGUCGAUGAAUUAAUCGCUGACAUUAGAGCACAGUUAAUUCAUUAAUUAAUUUUUUGCUCGUCUACAGUAAAAGUUUAGACGCACUUUUCAGUCCUGUCUUAGGAGAAAUUGCAUCCAUACUUUUAUUCGAAUUAAUAAUUACAGUCGAUGAAUUAAUCGCUGACAUUAGAGCACAGUUAAUUCAUUAGUUAAUUGUUUGCUCGUCUACA